AGUCGCUACGUUAUCUGUGGUUCAUAUAUUUUUUUUUCUGUAAAUAAAAAAAAAUAGAUUAAAAAUGAAGGAAUGUUUACGCUGGUUUGUUAUCGUUUUGGCGGGAAAUAGUGUUUUUUGUGACAGUGAAAAUGUAGUGAUGACGAAAAGAGGUCUGGUACAGGGCCAAAGUGAAGAUGGUUAUUCAACGUUUUUAGGAGUACCUUAUGCUUUGGUGGACGAAAAUAACCCCUUUGGAAAAUCUUUACACUAUCCUGAUUUCAAGACGCCUUUCAACGCUUCAGAUCCUAAUGUGAAGUGCCCUCAAGUUAUAUUUAGCGAAGGUGGGACUAUCCAGUGCUUGACCCUAAAUGUCUACGUGCCAAAAUCUGCUGCCACCAACAAAGUGCCAGUUUUCGUUUGGUUUUAUGGUGGAGGAUUCGUUUUCGGCAAUGCGGGGUUGUACGAUGGAAAACUAUUAGUAAAACAUGAUAUUAUUGUUGUAGCUGUUAAUUAUAGAUUAGGUCCAUAUGGUUUCUUCUGCCUUGAUGACCCUAAAGUACCAGGCAAUCAAGGACUGAAAGACCAAGCAGAAGCUUUAAGAUGGAUUAAAGAAAAUAUAGAUGCAUUCGGAGGCAACAGUGAAGAAAUAACGAUUGCAGGAGAAAGCUAUGGUGGGGGAUCCGUCGAUUUGCAUUUGUUUUCAAAAUACGAAACUCUAUUCAAUAAAGCUAUAGUGCAAAGUGGUGGAGCUGAAGUUAGAAGAAUGUUUGUAAAGCCAGAGUACAAAGCUGCUAUCAAAUUAGCUAAAUACCUUGGAAAAGAUACAAGAAAAAAUAAAGACGCUCUGAAGUUUUUGAGUACGGUAGAUCCUCUUAAAGUUAUGAGAGCGGCAGCUAAUAUGAGUAUGAUUUUGACUGUUUGCAAAGAAAAGAAAUAUGAUGGCGUUCAAAAUUUCAUAACCGAAGACCAAUUCCACCUCAAAAAUCCAGAAAGAAUCAGUAAGACAGCUAUUCUAAUAGGAUACAACAGUAAAGAGACCUUUGAUACAUUUGCUAACAAAUCUGACGAAGUCUAUGCAAAUGCAAGCACAUUUAUUUACGAUAACUUUAAAGAAACUUUCGAUAUGAAAGAAGAUGAGUUGGUUAAGCUAACCAAGAUUGUGAAUUCGUUUUAUUUAGGUGGUAAAUCUUUUAAUAGCGAUGCUAUGUUAGAACUCAUAGAUAUGACGGCAGAUUUCAUUCUAAAUCGUGCUGCAGAGAGUUCAGUGACUAGAUAUAUUGAUCAAGGUGCACCAAAAGUGUACAAAUAUGUGUUCUCGUAUGUCGGAGGUAGUCCUUAUAAAAAUAUACCGGGUGUCGGAGCGUAUCAUACCGAGGAACUGCAGUAUCUGUUCGACUCAUUUAAUGCCGGAAAAGAGCUGAAUGAUGAACAGAAAUUAAUAAGAGACAGGAUGACUACGAUGUGGAGUAAUUUUGUAAAAUACGAGAACCCCACACCCAAGCCCACAGAGCUACUACCAGUGCCUUGGGUUCCGAUCACCGAAGGUUCCAGACCCUACAUGAACAUAGACGUCAAUAUGACAAUGAUGGACCAUGUGUACCACGACAGGGUAGCGUUCUGGGACCUCUUGUGGAAUUCUUAUUGGAGGAAGUCAAGAGUGAUCUCCAAGAAAUGCCACUAAUUUGACUUCACAUGAGGAAAAUUUCCGUCCUCAGCGGAUGCUUAGGUCAUCUCGACAAUCUGUAAGAUCUUUUGAUAUUUCUUCUAUUCUUUGAUAGAAGAAAAACUGACGAUGAUUUUUAAUUAUUGCAUGUAUAUUUAC